UAAACCUGAUGGUUGCGGUAAUAAGACGAUAUUAGCUUCCACGUCGAAUCUGGCGGCUUGUGGCCUCUGGUUCUCCGAUCUCUCGCGCUGUCUCUUCCUCUAGGGUUACUUCUCCUUCCUUCCUCCCAAAAAAAUCCACAAAACCCUACCACCCUCGCACCAAUCGAUAGCUCUUGCAACCCUAGGAUUCCCACCCGCGUUGAACGAAGGAUCAAGAGUUUUUCGAAGCUAUUUUUUUCGUUUAAAUAUAUAGAUCACCUUCUGGUCAUGGAUCGAGUUCUCACUUCAUCUCCACACCUCGAAUGAAACAAAUGAGAUCAAAAGUAGGAUUUUUGCUUUCCAAUUUGCUUGUUUCCCCACUUUUUGGCCGAGCAGAUGGCUUAUUGUUGCAUUGUCAUCUGUUAAAAUCGGUAUUUUGCAUUCGUUGUUCAUUUUUUUGUGUGCGGGAAGAUAUGGUGUUAACUCAGGCUAUAUAGGGGGAUUUAAAAGAAAAACUUUGGAAUCAGAUCAUGCUCUCUUUGCGCACUAUUCGCAGACUCUGUGCUGCUGUUGAUGCUCUUGCUGUCACCGUUAUAGCCGCCAAUAUUUCAAAAUCACGAACCAAAACCGACCUCGCCAUUGCUGCUUGCCCAUCAUCACAUAUUCCUGAAAAUUUCCCAACAAUUGCCGCUUGCAAAGCUGCAGUUUCGAAAAGCUACUCAAGCCCGAAACCUGAUACCGAUCCCAUAGCCUCUUCGGAGAUUAAUUCAAUUAGUGAGCCUGCCCUUUUGAAGAUUAAGACAGAGAGAGACCCGGAGAAGCUCUUCCAACUCUUCAAAGCCAAUGCCCACAACUGCCUUGUAGUGGAGAAUCGCUUUGCCUUCGAGGAUACAGUCUCCCGCCUUGCAGGUGCUCGUCGCUUUGACCUCAUUGAACACCUCCUCGAGCACCAGAAAACCCUUCCCCAAGGCCGGCGUGAGGGGUUUAUUGUUCGGAUCCUCAUGCUCUAUGGGAAAGCUGGGAUGCCGGAUCAUGCCCUCCGGACCUUCCAUCAGAUGCACCUGUUUGAGUGCCCUCGGACCGUCAAAUCAUUCAAUGCCACACUCAAGGUCUUGUCUGAAGCUCACAGGUUUGAUGAUGUCAGGAUGUUUUUUGAUGAGAUUCCUGCUAAAUAUGGAAUCGAGCGGGAUGUGAUUUCAUAUAAUACUAUUAUCAAGGUUAUGUGUGAUAUGGGUAGUCUGAAUUCUGCUUACUUGGUCAUGGUGGAGAUGGAGAAGGCAGGACUUAAACCAGACGUGGUGACAUAUACCACACUUAUAUCAGCAUUUUAUAAGUGUGGUCAGGGUGAGAUUGGUGAUGGGUUAUGGAAUCUAAUGGGGAUUAAGGGCUGUUCACCUAAUUUAGCCACUUUUAAUGUUAGGAUUCAGUAUCUGAUUAACAGAAGAAGGGCUUGGCAAGCCAAUAGCUUGAUACGUAGGAUGUAUGUUUCUGGUAUAAAACCAGAUGAAUUAACUUAUAAUCUGAUUAUUAAAGGUUUCUGUAUGAUGGGUGAGCUCGAAAUGGCAAAGAGGAUUUUUUAUGCUAUGCAUGGAAGGGGAUGCAAACCAAACAGCAAGAUCUAUCAGACCAUGGUUCAUUACCUCUGCAAAGAAGGAGACUUUGAUUUGGCAUUCAGGUUGUGCAAGGAUAGCAUGGAAAGAAAUUGGUUUCCAAGCGUUGACACCAUUGAUAAACUGCUAAAAGGUCUUAUGGCCAUUUCAAAGGACCGAAAUGCUAGGGAAAUUAUGAAGCUGGUUAAGGCAAGAACAUCUCCUUAUUCAGCUGAUCAAAUGAAGUCCUUUCUGGACAUAUUGUCUUAUGGCAGGAGGAAGAAACAGCAUUGAUAUUGGGUAUCAUUUGCUGAUGUACCUCUACAGAUUAAGAAGAGCCGCAACACUUUUAUUCGCAUUCUUUUAUUUAUGUGGAUCAUUAAUUGCGCAUGCACAAUUUUUCAAUGUGGUAGAGGCUCCUGACCAUGUUCUUCAAAGCGUAAAUUAAUCUGUCCCAGGACUCGAACCUGUGUUGUUGCACUUGUCAUCCCAAGCUGUUACCAUUGGACCAAGCAAUGGCCCCAUAAAUUUUUUGAGACACAUGUCGAUGUUGAUGGUAAAUUAGAUGUUAAAUUGGAUGUCAUUUGAGUGGUCUGUCAAGCAUAUAAAGAAGUGCCAAGCAAGGAGGGCAGCAAAUUCUAAGAGUUCUUAAGUAUUGUUUGAAUUCUGAGGAAUAGGAGCAAAGGAAAGUGAUUCAGGAGAAAUGUCUUUGGAUAUUCGAUCUUUAAAAAUGCCAUUUAUCUGUUCAAAACGUUUGCCAAUGGGAAGAGGAAUGCAAGGAGUAGAGUGCCCAGAGCACAGUACAUAUAUAUGAAAACAAAGGUUGCCAUUCUGUCUCUUUAUUGAUGCAGCAUCUUUGUUGCAACACCAUUUUGACAUUAUAUAUGUGACUCAAGUAGCUUGCUUUAUGGCCAUCUCUUGGAUGGUUAUCAAGAUGCCCCAGGCACCACAGGGCAGAGUUAAUGAUGAUGGUGAUGAUGUUGGACAAGCCGUGCCCCUGGGUAUUCCCCUCUAGGUUGCCUUGUAUUCUGCAAGCUCCUGGUAAUCAUCAACAAUAGCAGCCUUUGUUUUGUUGAAUGCAAAAUUUAGUACUCCGUUGAGUCUGCAGUCAGAUGGAAUGCUUCUGGAAUAUCACAAAAUACCCUCUCUUCUUUUUUUUUUCUUUUCUUUUCUUUUUUACAUAAUUACAGGUGAUUUUAAUGUUAGUAGUAUGGUGAAUAUAGCACCAGUCGUAGAUUCUUAACUAGUUUUUGGAAAAUCAACAAUUGUUAAAGCAUAUGAUGGAUAAACUUGUUGCUUAUGUCUGACAGGCAGCAGCUUAUAUUUGUAUAACAUUUCCAUAUUAAUUUGGGAUAAUUUGAGGCAAAGGUCUCCAUUUGUUUUUAA